GCUUCCUCUGAGACAAAUGAGUCAAGAUAUUUUCAUAUAAGUGCAAGUUGUCUCAUGAUUCAAAUGCUUCGUCUUAUAUCAAUAGUCAGCCAAGGUGUUCCAGCAGAGCCUUGUCAGGGGCCAGAGGAGGGCAUUUCUGUGUUGAAUGAGUUCUCCGACUCUGGAGUAAUUUAGCUACAUCCUUGGAUUAUGUGAAUCUCAACAGGACUGGUGUCUUACCUGAUAUCUGGGAACAGGGAGAAUAAGUUGUAGGUUCCUUGGAAGACAAAGCCUGGAGUGUUCUGAAACUAUGACAACGUAAGCCUUGAGAAGCUAUUCAUACCAAGAUGUCACAGCAGUGCCUAAGUAUUCUUAUCAAAUAUUGACUUUCAUCAUUGAGAUUUUCUCACACUGGGCAACAUACUCAUUGAUAUUUUAAGAAAGAUUCCUCUACUUCCCUCUUUCACUUCAUUAACUCAACCAGCUAUACUCAGAGAAGCGCUUUGCUGAACUCACUCCCCAGUGCUGGGAACUGACCUGUCUGCCAAAAGAUGCUCCUCAGGAUCCCAGAGCAGACUUCCAUGCUACUGUGGGCAUCCUUGCUGGUCCUCGUCUGCAGCCUGAGCUUUUGGCCAUGGCCUUACCUGCUUCUCCAGGGUGGAUGGCACUGGACAUGUUUCUUCUCCUUUUGGCUGGAAGUGGAAAAUGGGCAGCUACUAUCCCCCGAUCCGUGAUCUCCCUCCAGCCUCCAUGGACCACAGCCUUCCAAGGAGAGAGAAUAAAUCUGACUUGCAAUGGAUUUCAAGGCUCUGCACCAGCAAAAGUAAAGUGGUACCGUAAGAACUUUAGGAAGAGAUAUCCAAGGGAAACGCCAGGAAAUACCCUUGAGGUUCGUGAUUCUGGAGAAUACAAAUGCCAGGUCCCGGGCUCACUCCUGAGUAACCCUGUGCACUUGCUCUUUACUCCAGCCUCCUUCAUUCUCCAGGCCCCACAUUCUGUGUUUGAAGGUGAUGAGUUGGUUCUGAGAUGCCAGAAAAGGGGAAAAGAGAGACUGACUUCUGUGAAGUACACUUGGAAUGGAAAAAUUAUUUCUAAUUCCAAUAAAGGCGUGGAACUUUUGAUACCACAAGCAAGUCUAAACAACAGUGGCAGUUACCAAUGCAUCGGAUCCUUUGAAAACGCUUACAUAUUGAAAUCAAAUCUCAAAGUUAUUAGAAUUCAAGAACUGUUUUCACGGCCAAAGCUGACAGUCACAGACUCCCAGCCAAGGGAGGGGAAUUCUGUCAACCUGACCUGUGAAACACGGCGUCCUCUAGAGCGGCCGGACACUCGGCUUCACUUCAUCUUCUUCAGAGGCAGCGGAGUCACCCUCUCCAACUGGAGCAGGUCCCCAGAACUCCACAUCACAGCCAUCUGGAGAGAAGACUCAGGGGCAUACUGGUGUGGUGCUGAGACAGUGACCAGUGGUGUCCACAAACUCAGCCUCCCGCUUCAGAUCGAUGUUCAGAGAAUCCCUGUGUCUGGAGCGCUCCUAGAGACCCAGCCCCAGGGAGGCCAGGCAGUGGAAGGGGAGACACUGGUCCUUGUCUGCUCCGUGGCUGAAGGCACGGGGGACACCACAUUCUCCUGGUACAGAGAAGACAUGGAGGAGAGUCUGGGGAGGAAAAGUCGGCGUUCCCAGAGAGCAGAGCUGGAGAUCCCUGUUAUCUGGGAGAGCCACGCAGGGUUCUACUACUGCACAGCUGACAACGGCCAUGGCCUCAUCCAGAGUGAAGCAGUGAACGUCACUGUAAUAAGUAUGCCAGGGAACAGAAGAGGCCUCAUGGCUGCGGGUGCCACUGGGGGGACACUCAGCUUUCUUCUUCUGGCUGUGGCCCUGCUGUUUUACUGCUGGCACCAGAGGAAACCAGAGACUUCCCUGAGUCGAAGCCUGAACCCAUCAUCUUGUAUUCCAAUGGCCGUGCUCUCCACAAGCCAGCCUGCUGGCUCCCCCUCUACCCAGGGGAGAGAAUUUAUCCCAGGAGAUGGUUUACUGGGACACACAACCAGGAGCCCCCUUACUCUGGGCCCAGGGGAGCCUCCCCCUCCCAAAUGUCCUGCCUCGGUGGAGCUUCAACAGUUGUACAGCAAUGUGCAUCUCAAAGAAGGAGACUUGGUAUAUUCUGAGAUCCAGAUUAUUCAGCCAGGAGAGGGGCAAGCUAAUACCUCCAGAACAUUUCUAGAGGAUCAGCAUGCCUUGAUUGUCUACUCUGAGGUGAAGACACAGCCCCAAGAUGAUGUGGCUGGAAAGAUCAGCUCUAAAGAGGAAGAUGCCAUGGAACGUUAUGAGAAUGUCCUACUCCUGUGACUCAUCCCUGAUCCAAACACCUGUGCAGUCCUCAAGGUCUCUGGAGUGAUUGGCCGGUUCCAACUUUCCCGUCCUUCCUGGCCAUGUGCGUUCAGUUCCAGGGCUUCUGAUUCAUCUACUCUGAGGUGGUGAAGGCUCUUCAGAGACUUCGCUGAAAUGACCAAGAUCCACAGUAAAGAGAAAAGCCUGUGUACUUGCUAUAAGCCUAACUUCCUAUGUUUCCCUGGGGUCUGAUUCAGGGAAAAAGGAAUAAGGAAGGAGAAGGAUUGCUGUGGAACAACAGAAGCCCACAUUUUGGUGAACUGGGAUUUGUACCUAGACAGAAGAGCUUGAGUGACUCAGGUUUGUUUAAUACAUCUUCAAUAAUUCUCCCACUGGGGAAUUAUCUGCAUCAAUAGGUUUCACUAUGAGUGGCUGCACCCGUACUUCACAGACGAUGCACAGUCCUGCUUACACUGGUUACACCACCAGGAUUCAGUUGCAGACAAAAGAAUCCAUUCCAAAUGGCUUACAGAUAAAGGAAUUUAAAAGUUUAUAUUAACUACUUUGAAAAAAAAAUCAUUACAAGUGCUAGAGAAGCAGGCUCUAGGCUGAACUUCCAAAAGUCAAAUCUAAUUAUAUUAAUAUUAUUAGGGAUAAAGACUUCUAAAUCAGAGAGAAUUUUUUUUAAAUAUGUACAAUUAAAUAUAAAAUUUAAAAAAUAAGUAACAACCCUGAAAACAACUGUAAAAUUAAAAAUUAAGUAACAACCCCCCAAACCUAUAUUUGAAUUAGAGAUAUCAGUAUAAACUGAUAGCAAACCCUGCCUUUUCAAAAAAGUUAUUUAUUUCCUAGGUCUGUCCACUGGAAAGGUCUAGAAAUGAUUAGAACCCAAUAUCAAGCAGCACCCUUUUCACACGUUAUAAUUUAAUUUCCUGCUCAAAGGAUAUAGAGCUAUCUUUCUUAUAGGAGCAGUAACUUUGAGUUAUCAAAUAGGUAGUGUUAAGCUAAUUCUUCCAAUAAAUGAAGAAAGACUGAAAAAGAUAGAAAAUGACUAUUUUGUGUGAAUGUUUCAUGCUACACGUACUGAUUAAGUUAAAAAAAAAAAAGAUAGAAACGGCCUAACCUUAUUGCCAUCUGAUGGCAGUAUUCGAUACCACCUACAAAGUAUUUGUGCCUGAAAUGUCACAACUGCAUCCCCUCGAAUCUCUAGAUCUAACCACCAGUUUAUAUGAAAUAUACUCGACAGAGGACUAUGUUAAACAGCACCAUGGAAUUGCACUCAGAAAAAUCUAAACUACAGAAACAUCCUACAGGAUAAAUGAUCUGGCUUCUUCAACAAAGAAAUGACAGAAGAAGGAAGGAAGGAAAGAAAAAAGGAAGGAGAGUUCCCAUUGUGGCUCAGUGGAG